AUGCGGAAAAGGGGUGAGAAGUCUCAGCCUAUCAGCAUUUGUCAAAGGUUCAUGAACUUGAUUUUCGGUAUUUUGAGUCAUCCCACACCUUGUCGAUCUGUUGAAGUUCCUAUAGAAGAAGGUUCAUCGAGAAAUAAUGGAAAAAGUUCCAUUAGGCCAUCAAGGGCUAUUGGAUCUUCUGGUGCUUCUGAGAUUGUAGUUCAGUUCGGACAUAUUGGUGCAUUAGAAAAUUGGAAGACCCCAGUUGAUGAUUUUGGUUCUUCCAUUCACGUUCCAAAGAAAGUUGCAUCAAGCUUUCCAGCCUCAGAGAAAUCUGAUGUGAAAGCUGGAGAUAAUGGCCUCCAGCAUCAGGGACGGAGCCAGGAGCGUAAUCCAGUGGCCUACGAGCAGAAAAAUGAUUCUAGGAACAAAGAGAGUACCAAUCUUUUAGCUGAAGGAACAAAGUUGAAUAAGCCCAAUGAAGACACAAAACCGAAGCCUCUGAGGAGGCCACAGCCUCUUCUGAGUGCGGACUCAAACAUAAAUGCAAAGGCUGAAUCAUUCAUAAAAACUAGGAAGGAAGCCAUGGGCAGAGACUUCGGCUUUGAUCCCAAAAAAGACUAA